AUGCUCUGGGCUCCUCUCACGUGACACCACCGCCACCCGUGCCCACGCUGCAGAAGAAGGGACCGCCGCGCCCGUGGUCAUGGCUACGCGACCCGCGCUCUACCUGCGCCUCGUCUCUCUGGCGUUGCUGCUGGGGGUCCUUGCAGGUUACAGAAACCCCCAGCUUGACUUCAAAGAGAAAUAUUUUGAGCAGUGGAUAGAUCACUUCAACUUUGAAACCUACAGCAACAAAACCUUUGCCCAGAGAUACCUCAUCACAGAUAAAUACUGGAAGAGGGGAGCUGGACCCAUCUUCUUCUACACUGGGAAUGAAGGAGAUGUCUGGGCCUUUGCUCAGAACAGCGGCUUCAUCCUGGAGCUAGCUGAGCAGCAGAACGCCCUGGUGGUCUUUGCGGAGCAUAGAUACUAUGGGAAGUCGCUUCCAUUUGGGGCAGCGUCGCUGCAGAGGGAAAACGCUGGCCUGCUGAGUGUGGAGCAAGCCCUCGCUGACUAUGCAGUUCUCAUCAUGGCACUAAAGAAGCAGUACGCAGCACCGGACUCACCUGUCAUUGCAUUCGGAGGCAGUUAUGGAGGGAUGCUGAGUGCCUACAUGAGAAUGAAAUAUCCCAACAUAGUGUCUGGCGCACUCGCUGCCAGUGCCCCUGUGUUGUCUGUGGCUGGGAUUGGAGACUCCAAUCAGUUCUUCAAGGAUGUCACAGCAGACUUUCAGAACUACAAUCCGGACUGUGCCACGGCUGUACGAGAAGCAUUUAGGGAAAUCAAAGAUCUGUACCUGGCUGGAGCUUACGAGAGGAUCAGCCGUGGGAUGUCUACAUGCAAAAAGCUUUCGUCUAAGGAUGAUAUCUACCAGCUCUUCGGAUUUGCCCGGAAUGCCUUCACCAUGAUAGCCAUGAUGGACUACCCUUACGAGACGGACUUUAUGGGCCACUUUCCAGCAAAUCCUGUCAAGAUUGGCUGUGAGCUGAUGCUGGAGAACAAGGACCGGAUCAGGGGCUUGGCAGCUCUUAGUGGGCUGCUCUAUAACUCCACUGGGAUAGUUCCAUGUUUCGAUAUUUACAAGCUGUACCAGAAAUGCGCUGACCCCACAGGUUGUGGAACAGGAACAGAUGCCGCUGCAUGGGACUACCAGGCCUGCACUGAAAUCAACUUAACCUUCAACAGCAACAACGUGACCGACAUGUUCCCAGAGAUCCCCUUCACAGAUUCUGCCAGGGAACAGUACUGCUUUCAGAAAUGGGGGGUUCGCCCUCGGCCGUCAUGGCUACAGACCAGCUUCUGGGGUGGUGAUCUGACUGCUGCAAGCAACAUCAUCUUCUCAAACGGAGACUUGGAUCCCUGGGCUAGUGGUGGAGUUAGAAAGAACCUGAGCUCCUCAUUGAUAGCGAUAUUUAUCAAGGGAGGUGCCCAUCAUCUAGAUCUCAGGGGUUCCAACCCAGCCGAUCCACCUUCAGCCAGAGAGGCUCGUCUCCAAGAAGCAAACAUCAUCCGUGACUGGGUCAAGGCAGCAGCUGGGGCCUCGAAGCAACUCACUCCCGACCACUAUCCAGCCAGACUUUAGCAGGAGUCGUCAAGGCAGCAUUUGGGUACCAAAACCAGCUAGGAGUCCUGCCUACGGUUUGCCAGUUGGUUGUUGGGCUGCUGAGUCAAUGACACUUCUCUGCAACAGGAUUGUAAAAACAAGAAUAAAACUGGAGAUUCCCUCAGGA